ACCCGACGUAGCGAAACGUCAUCAAAUUGCGUCACGCACCGCGUAUGUGCACUUGUGUGACUUCCAAGUAAGAUUGAUUUGUACAUAGGUAAACAUGCCUAUGAAAGGGAGGUAUCCGAUCAGAAGGACGCUGGAGUAUCUCCAGAAGGGCGACAUCAUUUUUAAGACGAGGGUGAAGAUCAUGACGGUGAAUUACAACACGCAUGGAGAGCUGAGCGAAGGAGCAAGGAAGUUUGUGUUCUUCAACAUCCCGCAGAUUCAGUACAAGAACCCGUGGGUCCAAAUAAUGAUGUUCAAGAAUAUGACGCCAUCUCCCUUCCUGAAGUUUUACCUGGAUGAUGGUGAACAAGUCCUGGUGGACGUGGAGGGAAAGGACUACAAGCUAAUUUCACAGCAUGUUAAGAAGAUUCUGGGUAAAUCAGAUGAAGUGCUGCAUGCGGAAGCUCAAGCCAAGAUGCAGGCGUCCCACCCUGCCAACUUCGGCCCAAAGAAGUACUGUCUGAGGGAGUGCAUAUGUGAGGUGGAGGGCCAAGUGCCGUGUCCCAGCACUACUCCGCUGCCAAAGGAGAUGACGGGCAAAUACAGAGCCAAGAUGGCAGAGACACAGGACUGAGAGGCCGAGCAGCUCACUUUUUCAUCUCCUCUUGACAUUUAUCUGGCUGUGAUGGCUAUAUUAAAGGACAUAUGCUCCAGCCAGAAGCUGCAGGAUCGCACUGACACAUGAUGGUCUGCUCCACCAUUUUCACCCAGACUUUCAACAUUCAUCAAUGCAGAUGUUAACAUCCAACUCUCAAUGUCUCGUCUAUGUGAAAUUCAUGUAUGCUUGAGUUACAGCUGGGAUAAAGUUUUACACUCAAAAAUUCUCAGUGUCGUGCAUGUAAGUGAUGGUGUAAAACAUGCAUAAUCCAUAUUGACUCAUCCUGCCAAAAUGAUACCAUUCCUCGAAACAAAGAAACCCCCAUUUGCUAUUCUGUUGUACUAAUUGAUGUCAGUUAUUUUUCCACUGCUCUAAGAGAACUCCUUCAAUCUAAUCUAAUCUAGUCAUAAUGUGGCUGACACAAGUGCAUCUUUGUAAAUUAGGAUAAUAUAAGAUAAAUUAUUUCGUUAAUUCAAAUAAGUUCGCUACACGCUGAUAUAGUUUGUGUCAAAUUACAGUAUAGGCCUUCAGCUGGUCUGCAUUGUUGGUUCUGGUGUUUCUAAACGUUCCUGCAGAGUCUCCAUAAAGCUCGUCAGCAGAGGGAAGCACGAAGCUUUGCAAUAUCUCCUGGUACUUUCUAGUUUUUGGACUAGAAAAAGCACAAAGGACCAACAUGAUUCUGAAAUCAUCACCAAGUUUGGAAAUUUCACACUGAACCUCAGGCAACUUGAUACUCUGUGCCUCUCCAUCUGUUCUCUAGACUUUGAUUUUUAAUUUAAGUUUAAAGAGGAGUUUAUACCACUCUCAGUCUCAGUCUUCUCAAUUUCUCUGGUACAGAUGUGACUUCACAAAGACAGAUGUACCUCUGACUCUGACUCCAGCUGAACUUCACACCUUUCCAAUCUCCCCAACUCUGGAAUUUCCUUUACAUCACAAUUCUCUCAAGGCUUUAAUUAUUCCUGUGUAAGUUCUUCUACUACACUUUUACCUUCCACCCAACUUUCCAGCAACGUGGAGGAUGUCUAUUUACUGAAUGGUCAUUUCAACUGGAAUCCCCAUGGUUGGGUUAGCUUUAAUAUUUCUCGAUUUUUAUUGCUUGUAAACAAUUUAUGUUUUAAGAGAAUGAAUCUUGUGUUAUUGCAGGUUUAAAACACACAAGUUGGGUUGUGUAUGUGUGUGUGGGUCUAUACCAGUUUCAUGUUGAAACCUAUUUUAAAACUCCUACAUAUGUAAUUCCAAUUAAUUACAUAUGUAAAUUUUUUAUACCUGCCAGGAGAUUAGAAACAAAGUUAGGAACAAAAAACAUCACAAAAUAUUGUUACAGAUGAAUUUAUUUGUGUUGAAGAAACUUCCUCUUAUUAAAGUGAUGGCUGUGAA